AUGUCUGCGGUCCGCACAUUUUCACCCAGAGAUACAUACGCCCAGGGCAGGGCUUUUUCCACACCACUUCCUUCAUACCACUCCACGUCGCCUCUACCACCUAAGCCGCUCCCUUCCUUCAAAAGGAACAGCGCUGCAUCGACCGGUAAAGCGCCGCAAGUGCACAACGGUAUCGUUUCGCCCAACGGACGCUACCACCCUUACCAACGCGAUCCCUGUCGCACUCUUCGUCUAACGGCAAGCAACCUACUCCGAGCCAAGCCCGACGACUAUUGCUCAGACCUACAGAAGCUUCACUCUAAGGUCAGCUCGUGGGCCGAAGCAAUCCCCAGAGAUGCAUCUGACCCAUCCGUCCCCAUUUACAAACCAUACUGGUGGUCUAACAAUGACGCCACUGCCGUCCUCGCCUUCGCACUUUCUCAGGACUAUCAUUCUCACGGGAUCCACGAGAACCCCAAAGGCACACUUCCCGACAACAUUGCGCUGACUGUACAUGCUACUAUCCAGCGUUACAAAGUCUUGCAGCAGCCUCACAUCGCUGCCAAGUUCACGGAAGCACAGAUCCAGUGUCGCGAUCGCAUUCUGCGACAUCUAGGAGCCUUGAACGAAAGGAUUGGACGAGGCGACAACUUCACAUUCGUCGAUAGACGCAUCGCUAUCAAGCUUUGCGUAGGACUAGGGAAGAUUUCAUUCAGAGGAAUCAACAAGGAGCAGAAACGCGUAGGAAGAGACAUUUACAACCUUGGCGGUGUUGCGUUCCCAGGAGGACAUACUGCCAGUGAACCUUCUGACCCAUGGAGGAGUAACGCCCCCUCCACAUCAUCUGAAGCAGGACCAGCUGCCCCUGCGGAAGAACCCCAUAACAGCAGCACACCCAAGGUGUCGGGAGUAGUCAGAAACCCGUCGCCCACCACCCUGCCAGCAUUCUCCACACCUCAGACUUGGGAAUGGCAGGGAGUUCCUUACACAACCAUCGAAGAAGCCGCCAAUGCCGCCGCACCCAACACCAUCCCAAACGACGUUAAGGAAUGGGUAAUGAACGUGGUACGAUCAUUCGUCAUGAGAGACGUUGUAAGCUCAUAUGAAGCCUUACGUCAAAAGAUGGAUGAGCGUCACGAGCGCACUGUGGCCUCAUUGGAAGAUGAAGUACUGGCUCGAAUUCACGUCGGAAUAAUGGCAGUAGAAAUACGAGACCAGCUAAAAACCGCAAGAGCCCAGAUCGGCACCCUCUCCGCCGACAACGAACGGCUCAUCAAGGCAAACAACAGUCUGACACUCGAAGCCCAAGCAAUUCGCAAGGACUUCGAAGACUACAAAAAUGAGAUAAAGGGUCAGAUGGACGCCCUUUACGGCAACAUGGUCGCCCUGAAGGAGGCUCAGGAAAAGACCACCACCUACAUCGUUGGCUUAGAGUCCCGACUCAAUAAUGCCAUUAUCAACGCGCCUCCCCAAGGUAUCCAACAACCGGCCAAUCAAUCCAGCCAAUCACCCCGCCGAAUUAAGCUCCCCGAUCCACCCAAAUACUCGGGAAGGAAAUCAUCGGAAAAUUUCGAGACUUGGUUCACGAACCUCCUCAUCUGGCUCGAUUACAAUCACUUCACUGAUGACAAGGACAAAAUUCGGCAGGCCAACGCACAUCUAGAAGGAGGAGCCGCUCUAUACAUGAAAGAGUACACAAUCAAGCUCGCCUCCGGACAAGACGUUGGCACAUGGGCAGAAUACACCAGGAAACUGGAGAUGGCAUACAAGAUGCUUGACCCCAAGCGCACGGCACAGUCCCUGCUAGAUGCACACUGUGCAAUUCGUCACAAGACAAUGAUCGCCUUCGCAGAGAAUUUCAGGGCUUACGCCUUCGAAUCAGGAUACUCUGACGAAGACCUAAUUGUCAAAAUCAGGGAACAACGGUCGAUCCACAUUCAGACGGUCAUGUCAGUAACGGAGACUCUGGACCCCUCGAAGAUUCCAACCACCUGGAUGGACUAUCUCGAGUUCUGCCUGGAGAUCGAAAUCAAACAUCUCCAACAAAUCUCAGGCAACAAGCCUACAGGACAGACCAUGACGACCAAGGUGACCGCUCCCAAGGACCCUAAUGCAAUGGACACAAGCACACGAAUCGCACAUGAACUAUCCCUGGAACAGGACAGAUGGCUGGCAAACAAACUAUGUUUGUUCUGCGGAAAGCACACCUAUGAACGAGGAAAGCGGUGCCCCUUCCCCAAGCCAGAAUACAAGGGCAAGCAGUUUCAGACACGAUCCGCCCCGAAGCAAGGGCAAGGAAAAGGGAAGGGCAAGGCGACGAACGUGCGACAGGUGGAAGAAGAAAGUAGCGCGGGCUCAUCAGCUCAAAUUGCGGCAUUGGAGCAAGCAAUUGCUGCACUUCGCGGGAUGAGCACAACGUCGACUACACCACCAUCCAGUAAAGGCAAGGGCAAGGCAAAGGCGCACAGUGUGGACACGGAGUCAACUAUAUCGGCAUCAACAGUUAAGGACACCAAUGCGAGAAUCAUCGAGAUAGACGAUUUCUCAGAGGAUUUUCAGUACGAAGUGUAG